AUGCUUGCCGAAGAAGAAGCAGUUGGUGAGCCAGUGAGAGAGCAGGACACGUGGAUCCAGGUGAUAGAGGACAUUCCCAAGGUCAAGAACUGCACAGGGAUCGGAGGCUCUGGAUUCCUGGGGCAGCACAUGGUGGAGCCGUUGCUUGCAAGGGGCUACACCGCCAACGUAUUCGAUAUCCGGCAAGGUUUUGAUAAUCCCCGGGUGCAGUUCUUUCUGGGUGACCUCUGCAACCGAGAGGACCUGCACCCAGCUCUGAGAGGUGUGAGCGCAGUUUUCCACUGUGCAUCACCCCCACCCUCCAGUAACGACAAGGAGCUCCUUUCUAGAGUGAAUUUCACUGGCACCAAGGAUGUCAUUGAAACUUGCACAGAGGCUGGAGUCCAGAAACUCGUUUUGACCGGCAGUGCCAGUGUCAUCUUUGAGGGCAGUGACGUCAAAAAUGGAACCGAAGACCUUCCUUAUGCCACGAAACCCAUCGACUACUACACGGAGACCAAAGUCCUACAAGAGAAAGCAGUUCUGGACGCCAGUGAUCCUGAGAGAGGUUUCUUAACCCCAGCUAUCCGUCCUCAUGGCGUUUUUGGCCUAGGAGAUCCCCAGUUGGUCCCCAUCCUCACUGAGGCAGCCGAGAAGGACAAGAUGAAGUUCACGAUGGGGAACGGGAAGAACCAGCAAGAUGAUGAUGACGGUAGAUCUCACCUCCGUGGAGAAGUGGUCAUCCAUGGACACAUCCUGGCUGCAGAGCACCUCUCCCAGGAUGCAGCGCUGGGUGCGAAGGCAUGUCACAUCACCAACGACGGACCCAUCCCUUUCUGGACGUUCCUUUCCGUCCUUAAUUAUGAGGCCCCCAGAUACCACAUCCCCUACUGGGUAGCCUACUACCUGGCCCUUCUGGUGUCCCUGCUGGUGGUCAGUCCCAUCAUCCAGCUCCAGCCCACUUUCACACCAAUGAGGGUUGCACUGGCUGGCACCUUCCGCUACGACAGCUGUGAAAAAGCCAAAAAGGUCAUGGGGUCCCAGCCACUGGUCACCACGGAGGACGCCAUGGAGAGGACCGUACGGAGCUUUCGCCACCUGCGGAAGGUCAAGCGAGGCACGCUGGAGACGGGGCCAUCUCAGUGUGUGCUCUGGCCACUAACCUCUUCCCCUGUGCACUGAUGAACUCAUAGCCUUCAAAUGAGUUCCUUCUGAGCUGAAGGCUUCUUGCUAGACAAAUGAGACCAUGCCCUGCUCCCUCCGUGCCUGCGAGGGUGACAAGCACAGCAGACAUCCCUCUUUUCACAGCGUUGGGGUUGAAUUUCUUAAAACAGGCAGCUUCCUAUUACACUGCUUCGUCCUCCCUCUCUCUCUCUGUCUCUCUCCACUCACAAUCCCCUCUCCCCACCCAAGGUUCCUGAUCACCAGGACCACUCUGAAACCAUCCUAGUAUUUCAUUCUAGUAUUCUAGCACAUAAUCAAGGAACCUGUCAGAAACGAUCCAUUUGCUGAUUGAGAAUGGGAGACCAGAACGUUUACCAUGCAAACCAGGACUAGAGUGGAAGCCGCUAGAGUCUGUUCCAGGAACCAUGGCUUUGACAAUAUCCUAGAAGAAAAGCAGAAGUCGUAAACACAUGAAUGAGACUUCAGAUAGACGUUUCACAUCGACACA